AUUAAAACAAUAUCGAUUAAUUCAGCAAAGAAACAAAAUAUAGACAGAUAUAUCCCCGGCUAUGAGUUAAUUACAAUUGCGAUGGUUCUUAGCAGUGAAAAGCAUGUUAUACCUAUGUUGUGUUGCAUUGAAUUCCUAUUUAGCUUAUCAAAAAAAUAAAUAUGUCUGACGGUGCAUGAAUAGUUGAACAGAUUCAGAGAUCCGAGAUUUAGUUCAUCAACGAGUAACAAGUUAUCAGUGGAUUUUAUGCUUAAAACGUGAAAUAUUUAACGUUUGGCUAUAAUAUAACUAGUAACUGUGAAAUUACCAGUCCUCUGAUUUUCUUCUUAAAAACCUGUUUUGACAGUGCUUAAUGAAUAUUGUAGAUGUAAAUAUUUUUAUGUAGUUAUUCUAGUACCUUAUAUUGUAAAUAAGUACAUAUCACGUGUUAUAACAGUUAUGCUCUGCCUGUCUUUGACUUAAGUAUAAAGUUAAAUUAAAAUAAAUUUUUUAAGCAAAAUGAGUGAUCUUGCUGAAAUGGAAGAAUUGCAGACACCAAUCAUUGAAAAAAAGACCAAUAACAAAGACAACGAUAAGUUGAAAAAAGAACAAUCUUCUAUUGUGCAAAAAGAGUCUAUCAUCAAAAAAACUACUGAAGAUGUACAACGUGCCAUUGAAGGUCUCAAGGAAAUACCGGAUAAAGAACUUCAAGAGUUUCUGGAUGAUGAUUUUAUGGAAGGUCUCAAUGUUGUCGAUGCUUGGGAAGGAGAGGAAGAUAAGAAUCGUGAGGAAAAAAAAUCUCAAGCUAAAGAAAACGAACAAGUUACUAGGGAGCACAAUCGCAAGGAACAUAAAGUCGUCGUUAGAAACAGUCGUGAGAAAUCUAAACGAGAGGAAAAGAAACGUGAGGAAAAGAAACGUGAAGAAAUUCGGCGAGAUCCAUCUAAAAGUACAAAAGAUAUAGAAAGAGACAAAAUGCGUACGAAGAGGGACAACGAGAGUAAAUUAUUGGCGGAGAAAGAAAAAGCUAUUAAAAAUUUACUUGAUUCUGAUAAUGUAGUACCACCUGGUACAGAAAGUGAAGCAAUUCAAAGUAUUACUGAUAAACAAAAUGAGGAACGAGUACAAAUGCGAAAUCGAAAAAGUAGAGAACGUCGUAGAAGCCAGGAAAGAAUAAAAUUAAGUCCAGUACGUAGAAAAAGUUAUGAUAGAUGCAGAGCAAGUCCGCAUAGAAGAAUAUUGAGUCCUAUUCGUCGUAGAAGUCCUUUCAGAUUGAGUUCAGAAAGAGUAAAUUGUGAUCGUAGAAGUCCUCUUAUAUUAUCACCAGAAAGAAGAAGAAGUCCGUACCACAGACGAUUAAGUUGGGAACGAAGAUUAAGUGCAGAUAGAAGAUGGAGUGCUGAACGACAUAAAAGAAGAAUGGAACUACAAGAACGACGAAGAAGUCGAUCUCGUGAUCGGCAACGAAGUCGCAGCAUGGAACGUUUUCGAAGAAGGUCCCGUUCACCGAUUAAUAGGAGAUACAGUCCAAGACGUCGAAGUCGUACUCGUAGCAGAUCUUUGGAACGACGCACCAGGAAAAGAUCACCUUUCAUCAAUGAACUUGCCAGGCAGUUGCGAAAUGAAGCUAUAAAGUCUAAUUCUACAUAUAUCCCAGCAUCCUCAAUGGAAGGAAUAUCACCAAUCAUGAAUACAUCUAUAUAUUCACAAGAGACAGAAGUUCGAGGAGCAUUGUCUCAGUCUUAUAUGCAUCAGGGUGGACCACUAACACCAGCACAACAACCACAACCACCACCAUCAUCUUCUGUAUUGCCAAUGUCAUCGGGAAUGCAGCCAUUUAUGAAUUUUGAUAUUCCUUCAUCUCAAACAGCUAUAGGCUUCGAUGGUGCUCCUUUACAUUCAAUACCACCUGCUCAUUACUCCUCUGGCCCCGUAAUGUACAAUCAUAAUACGGUACAAACGAAUACUAUACCAACGCAAUCAGGAACCCGAGCAGUACUACAUCCUGCACCUCAUCAAACUACUCCACAACCAGUGCCUGCACCAGUAUCAAUGGAUCAAUCAGUCAUGGGAGGAUAUGUGCCACAACAUGGAGUUGUUUCACAUUUAGAGUCAUCCAACCAUAAGCCUGUUAAUGCAGUCCUUUCACCAUCAUCAAAUUAUAAAGACCAUAGGUCAUCGCUAUCCUCAAACAAUGGAUACCAGCUUCGUGAAGAACGCUUGAAGACUCCUGAACCACCAGUUAUCUCCGAUACCAAACAAUUUGAAAAGACCAGUUUGUCCAGUCUACUGGAAGCGUCUGUUUCUGCUAAAGAUUCGACUAGUCCACCAGUCUUAUAUCCAGGAUUCAAGCCAGAAAUACUACGGCAUUGCGAGCACGCCCUACGUGGACUUCCAAUCGAAGAUCCACGUUUGAAAAGGAAGGGUAGAUUUUUCUUUGACCCAAAGAAAGCAGACUCUAAAAGUAAGUACGAGGAAUAUCCUUCCAAUUCUAUACUCUUGCUGAAUGGCAAGAAAAUAUAUUGGGAGGAAGAAGAGGUACAACAAUACGAUACGUCGUUGACAACGCAAACCAUGCAGAUGCAUCAAAAGAUUUGUCAAACAGAAGAAAUUGAAAUGGAUUCGAAAUCCGUGGAAGCGCACGUCGAUAUGGUUGAUUUUGAGAUGCAAGUAUAUCCACAUGACAUCGAACAUGAGAUCAAAGAAGAAAGAAAAUCUAUCAUGGAUAGGCUCGAUUGGAAUACGCGGGAAAAACAUCGAGACGCGGAUGACUUAAGAUGGAACUUGAGCAAUUUGUCUCAUAAACGCCCAUGGAAGAGGACAUUGUCUCCGCCUAAUAGGAGAUCCCACGAUCGGGAUCAUUUCCAAAGCGUACCUUCGCCGGAACAUCCAUCGAGAAAUUUAGAAACAAACUCCAGUAAGAGAAGUAGAGAUAGUUAUUCUAGGGGAUCAAUUCGAGAACAAUAUGAUAGAUAUUCACCGAAUUAUAAUCGUUCGAUGAACAUUGAUGAUUUUCGCGAGAACAGAAGUGAUCGUAGUCGAGGCGAAAGUCCCAUAAUGAAUCUCGGAGAUUCCGAGGAAGAUUCGGACGAAACGUUUACAUUCCAAAGAGAAAACGAUUGGUGUGGAAGAGGAAGAAGACCGUUUCGAGGGAAGUCUACGAGAGGAAAAUAUUCAAGAGGCAGACAGUAUCGUGCACGUUGCUCUUUUAAUAAAUUCUAAUUUCUUAUAGAUUAUAAAUGUAGUAAACUAAAUAUAUAUUGAAAAUAAUUAUAUUUGCGAAAUUACUGAAAAUAUACAGUUCGACGUACGGUAUAAGUUUAUGGUAUCAUCAAAUCAGUUUGUACAUUAUUUAUAAAAAAUACCGUCAUCACAUAUAUAUAUAUAUAACUAACUAUACCGUUCGGCCGAUUAAUCAAAUGUAAACAUUUUUUACUAUGCACAAAAAAUAAAAAUUUAACCCAUCAACAAAGUACGUGCAUAAGUUUUUGAAAGUGCAAGCGUAAAGGGGAAAUAUAAUUAAUUUCCUCUGCACAAAUAUACUGUAAUACGGUGACUACAAAAAGCAUCGAACCGCAAUUUAUUUGUUGUAUAUGUAUAUAUAUAUGAAUAUAAUCAUAAUGAUCUAUACAUAUUAAUAUGUAAUAUGUAAUAUGUAUAUAUCUUUUUACUAAAAACAAAAAUGUCUUCAAGUUGUUGAUACCAGUGAAACAAACGAACAAUGUUAUUUUAAUCCUUUUUGCGUAUAUUUAUCCCAAAAAAUGGUUGUAUCGACGUAUUUCAUAGCCAUCUAUAUAUCGCGCAAGGGACAAGAAAAGUUUUUCAAUCAAUGAAAAGAUUUUUUUUUUUCAAAUAUACACAUAAACUAAUGAUCUAUGCAUUUCAUUUGCCAUUAUGAUUCCUAAUAGAAAUUAUGUUGUCUCAUUUACCAUUAUGUUAUUUAAAUGCAUAUUAUUGAUUUUUUAACAGCAAUGAUCAAUCGUCGAAUUUGAAAAAUUCCUCAUUUUUUUCUUUGAGGAAUCCGACAAUCGACAUAGAUACAGCGUAUAUUUCAAAAGUAACGAUUCGAAUUGAAUUAACAUUUCAACGAAUAAUAUCGUAGCACGUUUUCGGACAAAUCAGGGAGAUUUCGAAUGGAACAUUUGAAUCAGCUUUACCGAAAAAGAGCCAAUAGGAAAGCUCCAAGAAAAAAGUCAAAUAAGAUUGCGAUUGGUCGAGGUCAGGGAUUGGAUGAAAAUAGUGGAACAACGGUAACUAAAGACAAAUGUUGGUUGGUGAAUUCGGAUACAGUCUAGCGCUAUAGAGCAAAGAGAAAGAGAGAGCGAGGAACGCUAGCGCCAGCGGUCCGCGCGACGGAAAUUGGAGGAACCAUUCGGCAUGGAUCCAGCUCCAUGUUCGGCCGUGAAAGCGAUGCGGUGUCCCCGCGGUUAGGGCGUAAGAUUCUCGUUGCUUUGGCGAGAACGUGGUGCGUUUUGUACGCGUCGACCGUUGAAUCGGUCGACGGAAAAGGGCGCGCUAUCGGACGUAAGUCUUAUCGGGAGUUCGGUAUACGGUGGUGGUGGGUGUGCGCGCGUCGAGGUAGUGCGGCGUGGCGGAGCGACUUGAGAGACUCGUGGAGAGGAAUACGACAAGAGGAAGUAGAAGUGGAAGAAGACGAAGAAGAAGGAGAAGGAGGAAGAGGAGGUAGUGGUGUUGUUGGUCAAUUUAGAAAAGAAGGAGAAAGAGUAUUACGUGGUGGUGCCUCGAUAAGAGGAAGGAGAAAAGGAAGGUUCGUCUUCGUAGACGUCCGCUCGUCAAGCUCGUCACGGCGGUGUACGGUGUCGCGAGGUUCAUCGUCGGCCGAAGGGCUCGUCGUCGAAGCGUGUCGUCGUCGUCGUCGUCGUCGUCGUCGUUGUCGUCGUCGACGGUGACGCCGGCCGCGGCGGCGCGUGGUGCGAGGACGAGGUGAAUGCACGGCGGCCGCGGUGUGUGUGUCAGUGGUGUAAGCUCGUGUCUUCUGCGCUCGUGGAAACCCGCCAAAAGCCGCGGCCGCGAACAAGCACCACUAGGAUUAGCAGCAGUGGCGUGUACGACAGCUGGACCGAGAUCUUUUUCCUCGUCGUCCUCGUUAUCAUUAUCAUCGUGAUCAUUUUUGUUGGUGCCGUCGUUAUUAGUGAACGCGAACGUGCUGUAUCAAAGAAGAACGAAAAGAAGGAUUAAGGAUUGCAAAGGGAUAAAUUUGAUAUCAACUUUGUCAUCGGUACAGCAUGAAGGCAGAUAGUAACGUCAAGUGAGAAAGAAAGGGAAAGAAAUAAUAAUAAGAAGAAGAAGAAGAA